GGCAGCAAAAAACCAGGAACAGCAAGAAUGGUGGGGGACGCAAGAACACAAAAGAAAUUCUGAUGACUCUGUUGAGUGUUAGAGAGACAGGGGCAGAUAUCAUCUAUAAAAGUGUGUGUAGGGAAGAGGAGAGACUCCCAACUCCAACAGCCACACGAGUGGCUCUGUAUUGGACCCUGUGCUUGCCAUAGCCAUUUGUCUCUCUCACCUAAGUUUUCUUCUCUCUACUUUCUCCAUUUUCUUUCUUUUUCUUAUUUUCAAAGUUUCAAAGCUACCUUGAUCUUUCUGCUUGAAUGCUUCCUGACAGAAGCAUUAUAGUCCUUAGCUGGCCAUUUUUGAAGCCCAUUGUGAAACAGGUCUAGGAAUGGCUCCGAGUGAUGUAAAGCUCAGAGAUGGCAUGGGGCAUGAGAGCGCUGAGGAUGAACAGAGCAACAACCACCAAAGGAAGGAGGAAGAUGACGGUGAUGGUCGACAAAGUGAGCUGCAGAGGAGGCGGCAGAAGCUGUGUGCUAGAGGGCAUUGGAGGCCAGCUGAGGAUGCCAAGCUCAAAGAGCUAGUCUCCAAGCAUGGCCCCCAAAACUGGAACCUGAUGGCCGAGAAUCUAGAAGGAAGAUCAGGGAAGAGUUGCAGACUGAGGUGGUUCAACCAGCUUGAUCCAAGGAUCAACAGGAAGGCAUUCAGUGAUGAGGAAGAGGAGAGGCUUCUGGCUGCCCACGGGAUGUAUGGCAACAAGUGGGCUUUGAUUGCCAGGCUCUUCCCUGGGAGGACAGACAAUGCUGUCAAAAACCAUUGGCAUGUCAUCAUGGCCAGGAAACAAAGGGAGCAGAGCAAUGCUUACAGGAGAAGAAAGCCAUUUUUGACUUCUUCUUCUAUCUCUUCCUUCUCUCACACCCUGCUCCUCCCCAACAGCAAAGAUGUCAAAACCAGCAACAACACCAAUGCGUGCAGUGGGGACUCGGUCAUCACCAGCACCAGAGAUGAGUCAUCCUCCACUUGCACUGACCUCUCCCUCAACUCCUUCACCAGCACCACUUUCCUUGCCUAUUCCAUGAUCAAUUGGUUUGAUGAAAAGGUCUUCACUGCAAGGAAGAGUUUUCUCCCUGGUGGCCAGUCUCCUCCUGAGGCCUCAGCAAAUCAACCAGUGACCUACCAGAGCAGCAAUGCUUGGCUUCAUGACGAAACAGAACAUGGGAGGAAGAAAAUUAUGAUGCCCUUUAUUGAUUUCCUAGGUGUUGGAGCAACAUAGAAGGUAGGAUAAGUGUUAAAUGCACAUGUAGAACUAUAAAGAGUGCUGGUAAACAUUGAAGAAGGGGGUUAUGGAGAGAAGUCCUCUUCUCACUCAAACGUCGCCCUUGAAGAACUUUGAUCCUUUGUUAAUGGUUAUUCAUCCUGCUUUAAGAACUUGUGAUUAUUUGUUUAAACUAGCAGACGAGAUCAAGUGAGGCUAGCUUCACAUUAUUGACCAAGAUUACCUGUAAGAGUCUUGACUAUGGUAUAGUAAUCAGUGGAACUGUGUCUCUUCUUGUUGAAA